CUUCAACGUGAUGUACAGUCCGAGACUCAAUUAGCCACACUAUUAAUUUUUUUUUUUCCUUUCUCAAUGGAAGACAAAUCACAGACCACAAUGGUCGUUUCAAUUUUCUGUAUUUAGAAAACCACCCUGUUCUUAAUCUUGCGGCUAGACUUCUGUGACACCCUUCUCUUUAAUCCCCUCUUCGUCGUCUCUAUCAGUUGUCCACUCGGGUUUUCAAUACGAUUCACUCUGACAUAAUUCCUUCAUUCAGGUCAACUUCCACCACCUUUCCCUCUUUGCCCACGAAUUGAAGCUCCAUUUCCUCUCUACAGAUGGAGAGAGCUACCAAGAACGUGUUGCUUUCUUCCAAUGGGGAUGACGUAUCCAAGAGUCUGGCUCUGCAUCUUGCCAAAAGGGGUUGCAGAUUGGUUUUAUUGGGAAAUGAGAAUGUUCUUCGAAGAUCGAGUAAGGAGAUAGUGGCAUCCUUAACGGGUGUCCUGCCAAUUGAGGUUGUUGGGUUGGACAUGGAAGAAGGAAGAGAAGUGGCUUUUGAUGAGGCUGUGAACAGGGCAUGUAGUAUUUUAGGAACUUUGGAUGCUUUUGUUCAUGCUUAUUCUUAUGAUGGUCCCAUACAAGAUGCUCUACAACUAUCUGAAGACGAAUUCAAAAAGAUCGUUAAGAUAAAUUUGAUGGCUUCAUGGUUUCUGAUGAAGGCUGUUUGUCAAAGAAUGCGGGACCAGAAAUCAGGAGGUUCAGUGAUUUUUUUAACCUCCUUGAUUGGUGCUGAGAGGGGACUGUACCCAGGAGGAGCUGCAUAUGGAUCAUGCUCAGCAGGAUUACUACAGUUAGCUCGGACUUCAGCUCUGGACGUUGGGAAGCAUAAUAUCAGGGUCAAUGCGGUCGCCCGUGGAUUACACAUAGAUGAUGGAUACCCUGUAUCAGUGGGAAAGGAGAGAGCAAAGAAGCUGGUCAAGGAUGCAGCCCCGCUGGAAAGAUGGCUCGACGUUCAGGAUGAUAUAGCUUCAACCAUCAUCUACCUAAUUAGCGACGGGUCUCGGUACAUGACUGGAACAACCAUAUUUGUUGAUGGGGCACAGUCUCUUGUGAGGCCGCGCAUGCGCUCAUAUAUGUAGCUCUUAUAUUUGCUGCUCUUGGACAAAUUUCAGAUUUUGCAGGUGAUGGCGUGAACGAGGGAGGGAAACAACAUUUUGAUUGCUUCUCUUGUAUUUUCAUUACAUUUUGGCAUUAUUUCAGAUUUAGUUGUUAUUCCAAAACUUUUAUCUUUUGAAUUUUAAUAAUAUAAUGAUGGUUUCAUUUUUAGUA